CCUCCCUGGCGCGCCCCUUCCCGGGGCUGCAGACGCCCCCCAGGCCCAGCCUCGCGCCGCGCCGCACGGAGCCGGCGGCCGCUGGCUCCUCCGGGUCCGCCAGCUCGCUGUCGCCCGUGGUGUGGGCGCGUCCCCGGGGCCCGGGUGCUCGGCGUGCUUCCUUGCCAACCCCGAGCCGCCCGCGAGGGACUGCUGAGGCCGCAGGCGUGGUUGGAAGAACGAUACGAAUGAGUCUUUGACAUCAUGAUGUACAUCCGGCAAAGAAAAGAGACAAAAACCAUCGAAGUUUCUGAGGAUUUUCCAUUACCAAAAGAAGAUGUGAAGUUGGAAAAGAAAUUGCCAUCUGGCCGAGCCUCUGGAAGGUUCUGGAAGCUUCUGUCCUCCGCAGUCGGUGGAGCUGUGGCCCUUUGCAUUGGGCUCCUUACGUCUGUUUACCUGGCCACCCUGCAUGAGAAUGACUUGUGGUUUUCCAAUAUUAAGGAAGUAGAGCGAGAAAUCUCAUUCAGGACGGAAUGUGGACUGUACUAUUCUUACUACAAGCAGAUGCUGCAGGCUCCGACCCUCCGACAAGGUUUUCAUGGCUUAAUCUAUGACAAUAAAACUGAAUCCAUGAGGACUAUUAACCUCCUUCAACGAAUGAAUAUUUACCAAGAAGUCUUUCUCAGCGUUUUAUAUAGAGUCCUCCCCAUACAGAAAUACCUAGAACCUGUUUAUUUUUAUAUCUACACUCUUUUCGGGCUCCAAGCAGUCUACGUCACGGCCCUUUACACAACCAGCUGGCUCCUCAGUGGCACCUGGCUGUCAGGACUGCUGGCUGCCAUCUGGUACGUCACUAACAGGAUAGACACCACGAGGGUCGAGUUCACCAUCCCGCUGAGGGAGAACUGGGCUCUGCCGUUCUUUGCCAUUCAGAUUGCGGCAAUUACCUACUUCCUGAGGCCAAAUUUACAGACCCUUUCUGAAAGGCUGACACUCUUUGCCAUUUUCGUGUCAACUUUUCUCUUUAGCCUGACAUGGCAGUUUAAUCAGUUCAUGCUGCUGCUGCAGGCGCUGGUGCUGUUCAUCCUGGACUCCUUGGACAUGCUGCCAGCCGUGAAGGCCACCUGGCUAUAUGGCAUACAGAUAAGCUGCUUGCUCCUUGUCUGCACACUUCAGUUUUUUAACUCCAUGAUUCUGGGAUCAUUGCUCAUCAGUUUUAAUCUUUCGGUGUUAAUUGUAAGAAAACUUCAGAAAAACCUAAAAACCGGGACGUUCCUGGCGAGGAUUGGGAAACUGUUGUUGCAUUUACUUCUAGUUUUCUGUUUGACACUUUUUCUCAACAACAUUAUUAAGAAAAUCCUUAACCUGAAGUCAGACGAACACAUCUUUAAAUUUCUGAAGGCCAAAUUUGGGUUUGGAGCAACAAGGGAUUUCGACGCAAAUCUCUAUCUGUGUGAAGAAGCCUUUGGCCUCCUGCCUCUCAACACCUUCCAAAGGCUCUCGGAGACACUGCUGUUUUACGCGUACGUGUUCGUCUUGUUGGUCACGGUGAUCACUGCGUCAGUUGUCGCCUUUCACAAUCUCAGUGAGUCCUCGAAUCCGCAGUGCACUGGUCAGACAAGAACGCGUGCAGUUGACCUGAAGCCAGAGGCCGCGUACAACUUGACCCACACCAUUCUGUUCGGCGUCUUGGCCUUGAGUACGAUGAGGAUGAAGUACCUGUGGACCUCGCAUAUGUGCGUGUUCGCGUCCUUCGGCCUGUGCAGCUCUGAGAUCUGGGAACUGCUCCUGAGGCUGCUUCACCUCUGCAACCCAAAGAGGAUCUGGGUCGUGCGGUACUCGGUGCCGGUACUCACGCUGCUGUACCUGUGCUGUAAGUCCUGGCCAGGAAUGAUGGAUGAACUCUCCGAGUUGAAAGAAUUCUAUGACCCAGAUACAGUGGAACUGAUGAACUGGAUUAACUCUAACACACCAAGAAAGGCUGUGUUUGCUGGAAGCAUGCAGUUGCUGGCUGGAGUCAAGCUGUGCACAGGACGGACCCUAACCAACCACCCACACUAUGAAGACAAAAGCCUGCGAGAGCGGACCCAAGCGGUUUAUCAGAUAUAUGCGAAGAGGUCCCCAGAGGACGUGCACGCACUCCUGAGGUCCUUCGGUGCUGACUUUGUGAUCCUGGAAGACAGCAUCUGCUAUGAACGCCGGCACCACAGGGGCUGCCGGCUUCGAGAUUUGCUGGAUGUCGCCAAUGGACACGAGAUGGAUGGGCCGGGAGAGAGUGACCCUGACUUGAGACCUGCAGAACAUCCUCGCUUCUGUGAGGAGAUCAAAAGGAACCUGCCUUCCUACACAGCCCACUUCACUAGAGUAUUCCAGAACAAGACGUUCCACGUCUACAAACUGUCCAGAAACAAGUAACCAGGUCCAUUCUUAAAACCACCGUGCGUCUACAGCUGACAGAGUUGGCAUCCGGGAGUCAGCAGUGGGCUUGGCAUGCUGGGCUUGCAGACAGCCUGCAGACAAGCCCCGCCAUCGUCCUAAGCCCUUCCGCCAAGGCCAGUCUUUUCCAGCCUGGCUGUCUUUUCCGUGAGUGUUCCUAGCCUAACAGGUGCACCUGCCCAAGGCUGGCUGGGGAUUUUGCCAUUGAGGGAAUCACGUGUGACCCUCUGGCGGCCUGGAAAAUGAGAGCCUGUUUAAGAUCUGAAAUGCUUGUGAUUUUCAGUGAAGCUGAGCCAGUUGUGAGUGAGUGUAGUUGACAGGCUGCACAACUCAGUUACUGGCAUCUCCUCGCCUGAGACCGUCGGUGGCUUUCUAAAAGCUUACUGUCCUGUCUUGUUAAAAGUUUAUAACAUUUUCCAAUUUACCAUGCUUUUCACACGAGUGAAGAAACAAAUUAUGUUAGGUCUUUGAAUCGUAACUGUUCCAUUUGUGCUCUGAAAUGUCACAUGUUCAGUGUGUCUGCAGACUUAGAGUGUGUGUUUUAAUUCUUGGCACAGCAAUCAGGGUGCUACCAGGCCAGUCAUGGUGACACACUCCUUUAAUCCUAGCACUCAGAGGCAGGGGCAGACGAAUCUCUUGAGAGUUCAAGGCUAGCCUGGUCUAUAUCGUGAGUUCCAGGCCAGCCAUGGCUGUGUAAAGAGACGCUGCGUCAAAGCAGCAAAUGUCACAGGGCUUAUACCAGAAGUCUGCGUGGGGAAUCUAGCCAUGCUUUUUGAUCUCUCUUGCAAGUAAAAUAGUUUUGCUUUGUUUCCUACUCAUUUCAACUUACUGGAUUUGCAAAACUUUGUAAACUUUUGUGUUUUUAGCGUUUGUAAUUUUUUCAUAGCCUAGAAACUUAUAGUCUAAGGUUUUUAGGUUUUUAGUCUGUCUCUUGACUCUUUGAGUUCCGUGUGGCAUCUUCUUUUUUUUUUUUUUUCUUUUCUUUCUUUUUAACCUUAAGAAAAUCAAUAGCUUUAUUUUCCCUCAGCACAGAGCACAGUUAUGGUAGGCCACCCUACAUUUCUUCAGUGUAGAGUGGACAGAUGUACACGGAUACCUUACGAAAAGCAUUAGCUUUGUGUUCCCUCAAUCCACAUUUAGAAAGUUAGGCUGAGGAGAGGUUUUGUGAAGUAAACUAGAGUAUGUACAAAAUCCGAGGAGGGCAGGAUGGAAGCCCAGCAGCCCAAGGCCUGCCCAGCAGAGGGGAAGCCAGGCCUUUGAUGGUUGUGGAGGUCAGCUGAGGGGUCGUGGCGACCUUCGGGCUUCUGCUGCUAACUUGUUCUUGACCGCGAUGAACUUGGUGAGGUUUCAUUGGCGUUCACCGCAUCCUUGGCCACGAGCUGCAUGACUUGCAGGGCUUCGCCCUCCGUGCGUCCUGUGUCGUGCUGCUGCUCCAAGUUCCCUUCUCCUUGGCCCAGCGCCUUCUGAGACAGGCGGGGAGCGCCGGCUGCAACCUGAGAAGGCUGAUGAGAGUCCACUCCCUCAGACCCUUGGCUGAAGCGACCUCCUGGCUUCUGAGGCCCGCCUUAGGAAGCAGAGAGGCAAAGGCCGGCCCAACUCGGGUGUCAGCUCUUUCAAAAUCAGUCUCCAUUUCUUGGAUCUGGGAACCGGGGUAAGCAUUGUCUGUGAUGCACACAAAGUCUUCGCUGUUUGGAGAAAACAUCUCCUCAUAUUUGGAAGCCUAGAGCAGAGCUGUGAGUGCAGCUAGCUGCAGCUUCUUCUGGCAGACUGGCUUAGCCUAUAGGAACCUGCCCACAAUGGCAGUGCAGAGGCCGGAGCUCGGAAUGGACUUGGACCAGCCAUAUGUCCAUUUCUAUCUCUUCCAUCUGAGAAGUGUGGGUUCAUAGACUGCAAAACCUCAAGCUGCCUGAGGUACUGGUAGAUGUCCUUCAUGUGGUCACUGCAGGCUGAGCGCUCUCCUGGCCUCGUUAUCUGUAUACUCAGCCUUGCAGAGAACGCUUGGCAGAGGCUCUCUCCUCCACGGAGACAUCUUCAGGGACAGGCAAGGGUCUUUGGAGCCAGCGUCUCCAUCUCCACUGGUUUCACAGAAGCUGCAGGUUUUAGCCGUUUGUUGACAUUGUCACUUAGGUGGGCUGAACUUGUACUUUGGCGUUGUGAGGUUUCUCAGCCACUUGGGUGGCUGUGGUUCUGGCUUCAAUUUUAUUUCCAAUUUCUUCUAAAACUGCCUGCCGGGUAGUCACAUGGCUCCUAGCUUUCAGAUUAAAUCCUGUGUCAGUGUCUUCAAAUCACCGGACACCAUCAGGCGUCGGAACAGCACCGUGAGGGCUGCCCUGGUAAGUGUGGACGAGGCCAGCCACCGGGGUCCGCUGCACCGUUUCUGUGUGGCAUUUUCAUACCCUUUGACCUGUGGUCUCCAGUCUUCCCUCGGCCCUGAAGAUAUCACGCUCCUCACUGACAGGUGACCAGGGCCCUCCCAGCAGCGCGCAUUUGUAAACAGCAGGAGAGGGGUGGUGCACCUGCCCAGAGCUUCCGGAUUGCUUGUAUAAUUCAUUUCUAAUGGCGAGGGCAUGUGAGAGCUGCUGAGACAGGCAUAUUGUCCACUUAAUUAAAUCAAGAUAGCUAAUGAAAUUAACUUUCUCUCCCGCUCUUGCCAUUUAGAAGUGAUUUAAGUGUUUCUCCCCACUUGUUAGUGCAAUAAAUCCCUUCAAGCGUCAGGCCAGAGAGCGCCACUCGCGCUGAUGACUCGCUGUCCGGUUGCUGCUAAGUAGCAUUCACAAUGUGUUCCCAUUGUCUCUUCAGGUACAGAGGUUUUGUGAAAAACUCAUUUAAGUAAGACGCUGACAGGUUAUUCAAUUUAGGCCGUUGAAACUUUGGAAUCCUGCCUUUUCUGGACCCCUUAAUGAGGUCGGAGACUGGUGCAGUUUGGGGUAACGCAGCGAGAAAACAUGCUCCUCAGUGCUAAGAGUUUAAGGAAGCCAGCAAGACCGCAUGCCUGCUGCUGGUGGAGCAUUCUGGGCCAGUGCCUUACUCUUAGGGGAAAGCAGGCGCGGGCAAGGCACAUCGCGACUGUUACUUUGUGAGUGAGUUUGCAUUUGUUUUAAACAUUCCUGUACGCAUUCGUCUAAUUGCUUGGUGUUUGGCGUCUUGGUAUCCAAGAGCCAUGGACCUAGACUUGGAGGUACAUCCUUACCGUGAUGAAGGCACGCUGGCCGGCGCGUGCCUUCUCCACGGCGCCAUUGCUGCCAAACCAUUUCCUAGACAGUGAGAAGUGCCAAAACAGUCUUCCCACGGGCGCUCUCCCCAAGACACUGUGAUAUGUACAGUACAAGUUUUUACUCUUAGCGAUCAAAUCUUUCAGCAAAUCAAGUUUGAUAUUUUUAGCUCUGAUGAAGACUAGCUUAUGACCUUGUCUUCUGGCACUCGGGAGGAAAACGGAUCUGCCCUUGGCCGCUGCCCCCCGCUGUGCGUGCUGAAGCCCGCGCCUUGGAGGUCUCAUUUCUGCUGUGGGCCCCGGGCACGGCUGUACUAGCACUCAGCCGCCGCCCUGGAUAGAGCAAGCACGAGGCUUUGCUUCUGAGUUCACAGAAGCACCUCUCAGUACAGCAGAAGUACUCUUAAUUAACUCCACUCCUGACUCCUCGGAGCCUCGCGUCUCCAGCGCUCCUGGAGCCACCUGCUGCAGUGUGGAAGGUGGCGAGGCCUCCUGCCUGCCUUCCCGGAGCCAUGCCCCAGCGGCAGCCCACCCCGGGUCUGUGGGUGCGCACCUGCUUCCGAUAGUGAGAACAGAGCCUGACCACCAGAGGGCUGGGCGUGUGCUUGGCAGUAGAGUGUUUGCCUGGCAUUGCACAAGGCCCUAGGCUUGAUCCCCCAGCACUGCAGAAGGAAGACAGACAGAUAAAAAAGCACUUUUGCAAAAAAAAAAAAAAAAAAAAAAAAAAAAAAAAAAAAAAAAUCUUUUAGUUUUAAAUAAAAAUGUGAGCAGGAAAGUUAUUAGAUAUUGAGGGAAUUAAACUGAAGGAGAUAGCCGAGCUUCAAGUCCGUCGGGAAUUGCCUUAUGUGCUCAUCCCACCUUUCUAAUGUCUAAGCUGGAGGCUGGGCGUGUGGCUCAGAGGUAGAGAGCUCGCUUAACACGCACGAGGUCCUGGGUUCUACCCAGUGCUGGGGGGAAGUCUCAGCUGACAGGAAGGUUCAAGAGUAUUAUUCCCAAAUCAUGUUGCUGGUAUGAUUUAUGCAAGAAAUAGGGCUGCAGACAAGGACCCCCGUGAAGUAAGAGCCCCUGGCGUCUCAUCAGAAGAUUGGCGAGUGGACGCACUGUUGGCCAGUUUUCCAUAUUGACUGUUAAAUAGACAGUUACUGUUCCCGUGCCUGGCAGAGUUCCGUGAGUAAGGAGGGUCCCGCCGUGUCAACCGUGUUGCUUCCGAUGUGUUAGCCAACUGGCUAACUAAGACGCUUAGUGGACCUCGGGCCAUUCAAGAGGUAUUUCCCAAAAGCUUAGCCCGCCCUUAGCCAAAGUACACUUGAAGCGUUUGGUUUUAAAUCACAGCUUGGAACCAGUAGAAGAGCAGUAAGUUGCUCUCGGAUCCUGUCUGUUGGGCCGCGAGCCUGCGCGCUCCAGUCAUGACUCACGCCUCGUCUGGGGGAGAGAGCUGGGCUGCUGUCAGGUUGGAGCAGCAGCUGACCUUCCUGUGCCCAUUGCCAGUGUGUGGCAUCUGUUGGGAAAAACCUUACAAAGAACAUUUCUAAUUUGUUGUAUAAGGGGAUUAUAUACAAAAUAAAGCUCUUUUCAAUUA